AUGACUCCGCUCCCGUCCUAGUAGCCGCCCCCGGAGAUGUCCCAAACCCGGCUGAGCCCGUCAACCCUCAUCCUGGACAUGGCCGACAACCAGCGCCGCUCCAGAGUCAACGGCGCGUUGGAUCGGAGCUCCAGGCUGCGGGACGAAGACACGCUGCGCUUUCUGAGCCCGGAGGAGAAGGAGUGCCUCCAGUUCUUCGAGGAGACCAUAGGCUCACUGGAGAACAGCCUGGAGGAGGACGAGCUCCGGGCCGGACUCGUCAAGUCUCCGGCAAGCGGAGGCCUUCUUUCCGACGAGAUGGACGGAGCGCCCGCAACCCUUGAUCUCUGCACAGCACCCUCGAUAACGACCAGAAGUCUCAGCGCUAAAGAGCAGGAUAUUAUAGACCUGGUCCGCCCAGAUCCAGAACUGAUGCUUGCCAAACUACCGAGCUUCAACCCUACCAGUCCAGAUUUCCAGGGGAUGGCAAUGAACCCCAAGAGCCACUUUGAGAUCAAACCAAGACAUGAUCCACAGGACCACUCUGGCGGCUAUGAGCCGACAGAUGGUCACUCCUACCACCCAGCAGGCUCUGUCCCCACACCUGUCCUCAUUGCCAAGAAGAUAGCCGAGAACCAGGCAAUGGGCGCAACCAACAGUUCGUCUUUACUCCACCGUCAGCACAGCCAGGAGGGUGAAAAGUCACCAGGCCACUGCGGAGAUCCCCCCACAAAGCAGGGUCCUCCUACCUUUGCCAAGCCUACCAGAUACCCUGCCAAUAUCAGUAGGAUUCUUGGCAACAAAGAGCUCCAGGAUCAACCGGUGGCCAACGUGAACCUCCAUGACAGGCGGGCGCUGAUGCUGUCGAAUCUGACAGGAGCACCACAGUCUCUCUUGCAGGAGGAUUCCAAGCUGAAUUUGGUGCACAAAUUGCGAAAUGCCCCAACCCGGAGCAUUUCCUUCAAGGACCCCACACCAGAGAAAACCAGGAUGGAAGCACUGUCGAAGCUGGGCCUGGCCAGGAACCGAGCCAUGUCAGGAGGGAUAUUUGUCCCUGAUACUGUUGACAGCAUGGCACAGAGUCCUGUUUCGAGUGUGGAGACCAGUGUCACUAGUCCUUUGGAGACCAAGGUUAGGCCAACAGAGACUAGCAUUUAUGUGCCAGACUCCAAGGUCCCAACGUUGCAACAAAGCCAAACGUAUGUACAAAAAGCAGAGAAUCUGUCUUUAGAGUCUCCCAGAAGCUUUGACGACAGAAAGCCUCCGCUGAGCCCACCUCGUCAGGAGAAAACCUUACCCACCCCCUCUCAGUCAGACAUCAUAUCUCUGGAAUUGAAUUGCUUUGGAGGUAAAUCCGUUGUGGUCACUCCAGGCCCCCCGAAGAACGAACUCGUGACACCUCCGACAAGCCCAGAAGCGAAAGUCCUUCCUUCUGCACUGGCAAACCCCAGUGAGUUCAACAGCUAUGGAGGCAAGUCCAAAGUCCUGAACCCUGCAACUGGAAUCAUGACCAGAGGCGACCUUCCCGACAUCCUCAGCUCCCACAUUGACGUGAAUCACAACUUGCCCGCCAAACCCCAGCCCCUACCUGCCGAGCUCAACAGUUACGGGGGCAAGAGCCGGACCAUCAACCCCUGUACCGGGAUGCACCGACCCACGGACAGUCGACCCGGGGCUUUCAAAGGCCCACCUCCGACCCCGGCGCAAAGACACCCUCAGACCUCGCACCCCAACGCUGGCGCAGUGGCUGCGACGCGAGCUCCAUCUCCCACUGAUGCCAAGCGAAGAUCCGCCGCCAUGUUUCGCCCCCAAGGUAUCACAGUGCAGUUUUCUGGCCGGGGGGCAACCGAGGAAUCUCGCAAGGAGGCACUGAAGAAACUCGGGCUGCUCAAAGAGUCGUGAUGGACUUUGGCAACGUUCCUGCUGGCAGAGCUUUAGUGGAAGGGUUCCUUGACUCUUAGAAGGUUAAGGUGUGGCUGCGGAGACCUAAUUACUUGGAGAAGAAAGACCUGCACAGCCAGUUCUCUUCUCCUGGCAAUCAAAAAACUGCUGUCAAGAAUGUUGUGAUGACAAAUUUCCUGAUGUUUGCAAACAGAACCUCUAUUUUUACUGCUCUGUUUACCGACUUUGUUCUUUUUUUUGUCAGCAGCUUUCUGGAAAGAGCAAAUGCCUGAGCGCUUUUCUUGAGAGAAUUUAAGAGCUGAAGAUUGUAUCAACUGAUUAGGGAGCACGUGUAAAUGGUUGCAGGGUGAAAGGCUUUUUGGGAUUAUGUGACACUGGGCUGGAGGUUAUUUUUACUCAGUGGACCAGCCUCCUAAACUAACCGCAAACUUUGGAAUGUUUUUUUUGUGGGUUUUUUUUAACCCUGCAGAGGGAAUAUUUUCUACUGCAACUUUGUGUAGGCAGGGCCAAGGCAUUGUACUGAGCAAAAGCACUCCAACCACAGAGUCUACAAAUCCCUUCUCAUUGCGCCGUAUCCUGGAUACUUGGCAGUUUAUGACUAUUCUAUAGGCCACUGUAUACCAAUCCAUAUUUAUGUAUGCGUGUGUGCGCGAGAGAGAGUGUUUUUUCAGACUCCGGCCUCUGUAGUUCAGCUACAGAAACUUUUGAAGUAUAUUUUGAGUGAUAUCACGGGGUUCCACAGUGUUACUGCUGUGGGAGAAAUAUCUUGUGAAUGUUGUUUACAGACUCCGGUUUUCUCUGUAGUGCAUCUACAGUUACUAUGAAGCGUUUCCUCUACUGUACUUUUAUCAGGAAAGAGUUCAAGGUACGGCAUGUCCAAAUUAAAUGUAUGAACACAGCUGGUGUUGAAUGCGUGGCAAUCAUUAAAGCGAAUCAUGCGA